AUAAAAGUUUCUGCAAAUAGUUAAAUUAAGUUUGUUGUCUUUGUGUUACAAUAAAGUAAUGGAUCAUGAACUUUGUGAUCAUCUUAUAAUUUGGCUAAAUACUUUUGAUGGGUUAGAAGCCAAACAUCAAACAGCUUAUGAAUUAUCAGAUGGAAUAGCUAUUGGAGAAGCUCUCACUCAAAUAGCUGCUGAAUGGUUUGAUACAGACUGGAUAUCUAAGCUUAAACAUGAUAUUUCACCUGACAAUUACAGACUAAAGCUGAGCAAUUUAAAGAAAGUUUUGAAAGGAAUGAUUGAUUACUACAAUGAGGUUUUGUUUCAAGACCUCUCUAACUUUAAGAUGCCUGAUGUUUCUUUAAUAGCUGAAAAAAGUGAUAAAAAAGAACUUGGUAAAAUGUUACAAUUAGUUUUGGGUUGUGCAAUAAAUUGUGAAGAGAAGGAGCAAUACAUUCAAGUAAUUAUGGCACUAGAAGAAAGUGUGCAGUUAUCUGUCAUGAACUCUAUACAACAGUUACUGCAAGUUAAAGAGCAUUCAAGAAUUUAUGAUUCUACCUUGCAGAAGGAAGAUACUCUAGAUGGAAGGUUAAAAAGUUUUAUCAAUGAUGAUCACAUUGCACAAAGAAUUCAUGAUGACCAUGCUGCACAAAGAAUUCAUGAUUUAGAGGAACAGAUACGUUUACUUAAAGAAGAAAAGUCUUCCCUUAUGCUUGAAAAUGAACGAUUAAUUUUGUCUGGCGGACACGGAAAAGAAAAAUAUGAAAGUAUGGCUGACAAGCAAAUGACACAGUUGCAAUACACUAUAGACAAACUUAAAGAAGAAAACUUUGCAUUGGAAACAGCCAAAGAAGAUUAUAAAAUAAGAUAUGAAGAAAAAGAGAAAAAAAAUAGAGAGCUUCAAGAAAGGGUUGAGCAGCUUUCUAUUUUGGCUGAAGAAGCUCGAAUCUUGAAAGAUGAAAUAGAUGUCAUGCGACACACUCAAGAUAAAGUCACUCGUUAUGAAGCAACCAUAGAGGCUUACAAAAAAAAAUUAGCUGAACUUAGUGAUAUGAGACAGCAAAUGAAAACAUUAGAAGAAAAAAAUGAAAUCUACAUGCAACAGACAAUGAGUUUAGAGGAGGAUUCAAAGCGUGUAAACUCAUUAAAAGCUCGAGUAGAAACCUAUAAAACACAAAUUAACGAAUUACAUAGCACUAUGCUAACUCUGGAAAAAAGAUGUGAUAAAGCAGAGUUUGAUGCACAACGAGCUAAAGACAAGCUACAGAGUGCAGAAGCUGAAAACCAGCGUUUAAAACAAGAACGUGAUAUGUUAAAAGAGACAAAUGAGGAGCUUUCUCUGAAUCAAAACAGUGCAAAUAUUUCAUUUGGUGUGCGUAGUCCUCAGCAGCAUACUUUUGAUGAUAUAGCCAUACAAGAUUCACCAUUUGAAAUGAAAGAAAAGCUCAUAAGACUGGAACAUCAAAAUAAAUUGCUGACAUUGCAGAUGCAGGAAGCUGAGAAUACUAAAAUACAAGUACUGCAGGCCAACUUGGAUUUAUCUUCAGAAAGAGUAAACUUAUUGGAGACUGAAAAUAGACAGCUUAGCCAAGAAAUUUUAGAACUGAAGAGUCGGCUUGAAGACCUUGAGCUUGGGAAAACUAACACCACAAUUGAUGAAGAAGACCAAAAGAAGCUCCAACUUCAUUUGGAUGCUCUUAAAGAAUCUAAUCUUGAACUUCAAAGAAAAAAAAAACACAUCAAUGAACUGGAAACUCAAUGUUCAAUUAAUUCUGCAGAAAUUACAGAACUAAGAAAUCAACUAAUAAAGAAAGAAGAGGAAAUGGGAGAAAAAGAAGAAAAGUAUAAAAAAUAUUUAGAGAAAGCAAAAACAGUUAUAAAGACAUUAGAUCCAAAAGUUGCAAAUGUUGAUUCUCAGGUUCACGAUGACUUGCGCAAUCGAUUGUUUGAAAAAGAUAAAAUUAUUGAAAAUAUGGAACGAGAUCAUGAGAAAAUGAAAGCUACAAAAGAACGCGAGGAAAAAUUAAUGAUUACAGCAUGGUAUGAAUUGAGUAUGCAACUUCAUCGAAAAGCAGCUGAUGAUAGGCAAGCUGGUAGUGUAGGGUUAUCGUUUCUUGCUAGGCAAAGACAAGCCGCUGCCGUACGCAGAAGUUCGUCGUCGUCAUCUCUAAGAGCUAAAGUGACUACGUAAGGUAAUAAACUGAAUUAAGCUUAGUUUCGAUAUAGGCAUCCCUCGAAAAUCACGUGAUUGUUGUGCAACGGAUUAAUAAAUUUAGAUUUUGAUCUCAUUAGAUAGAGAGCAGAGGAGCAACCAAUUUUUUGAAACAAUUCGACAUUUGUAAACAAAUUUGUAGUUCAAAACUAAUUUAUGAAAAUAUAUUAUUUAAAAACUAUAAA